AUGAUUAUUCUUAAAAGAAGAAGAAAAGUGCUACAAUUUGUGAUAUUUAUAAAGUUGUGCAUAAAAAGAAUUAAUUAAAUUUUGCUAAACUGAUUAAAAGUAAUACUGCAUGGCCUCCACAAUACCAGAAUGUUCGAUGUUGAAUCGUAUGUCUUUAGACAAAUGGACAACAAGAGAACAACUAUGCUUAGCAUCUGCGGUAUCAUGCAAUGGUGAUCAGAACUGGAUGUCAGUUAGUCGUAGCCUUAAACAUGUUUGUGGAGAUGGGACGGUCAUCCGUCCUAGUGACUGGUUCUCUCAAAAAAACUGUGCUGCACAAUAUGGUUUUCUGCUAGAGAAAAUAGAAACGCCGAAAUGUAAAAAACUAUCGUAUGAAAGCUCAAGUCCCUCUGCUGAAAGUUCUUCAGCGGAACUUAUUCUUCAUCGGUUAAAUGAAGACCGACAACAUGAGUUAAAGGCGGAAAUUCAGAAGGAACAAGAGGAAUUCGCUGAAAUCUAUAGAGAACUUAAAGCAUUGCAGUCAGGAUUUUUCAAUGAAGAGCAAUUACGAGAGAUGUGGUGCGAUAUUGAAAUCCAGCAAGAGCAGGAGCGCGUAGAAGAAAUGAAAAUUGAAAAUCAAAUACGUGAAAGAGAACAACAGAAACCGGAAACGCAAUGCAGUUGGAAUAAGUUAUCCCCGGUAGGAACACAAAAUAUUUUACCAGCACAUCGCACGACUGAUACUACUUCAGUGGAUAUGGAUGUAGAAGACAUAACCGGUGCAUCGAACCCAGAACAAAUAUCUACAAUUUUCAAUCAAACGAAACAAAAACAACAGCCAACACAAUCUGGUAUUUCACCAUUAUUAUCAUCUUUGUUAAAAUCACCUACACCUGGAACCAGUUCGCCUACAUCUAUGUCCACAAACACCUCAACUACUGCAGCGAAUAACUCCACUCGUUCAUCUGCGCCCACUAUCACUACGCUCUUAACUUGUGGGUCCAUACCGAAUAAAAACCAGCCUGCUAUUACUUUAAAAUCAAGUAUACCCCCACAAAAGGCUGCACAAUUGUUAUCAAGUCCGAUUAGUGGUCCGCCAUCUAUGUCGUCAGUACCCGUAACAAGUAUCACUGGGCAAAAUUUAUUGAGACCUUCACAGGCUGCUCCCACACUUUCUAUGUUGUUAGAAAGGAAUAAAGCACUAGACAUUACGGUAACUAAUGCCGAAACUCGAAAUGCGGAAACCCUCCAAGCCGGACUGAAUGGAGCUGAUAAGUCUCAAAUAAAUGCAGUUCAAAAUCAAGUAUCUGAUUCUAACAAUGAUGAAGUCCCUAUGGAACUUGACGAAGAUCUUACCACUCAUUUGAGUGAUCCUAGGAACAAUGGAAAUGAUUCUGAUGAAACCGAUCCUAACGAGGAACAACAGUUGCUUGAGGUUUUCAAAAACAUUGGGAACAUUGAUGAAUUGGAUAUAGAUGUAUCUGCAGUUAUAGAUGGUGAAGAAGUCGAUUUUCUCAAAGACAUGGAGGCUGAUUCGCCUAAUGAUAUGAGGAACGAUGAAGAUUUUCAGAAUAAAGAUGAUACACCAGUGUCAAAACUAAGGAAUGUGGCAGAAAAUGUUUUAGAGAGUGAGAGAAAAAAUAAUGAUAUAAAACCUCUUGAUGACAAGAUAUCCUCCAACGAAGUGAUAAUAAGCCAGGUCGAGGAAAUCAAUCCCACUAUAGUAAGUAAUCAACGGAAAAUGGAAACCACAUCAAGUGAUGACUCAAAUGACAACAUUCCAUUAGCUGCUGUUGCCACCCUAGAACAAAGAGCAGUACACGAAAAAGUUGUUUCCAAAGAUAAGAUGGGUUUGGAAAUAAAUAAUUCAUAUAAAGAUGAUGGAAUUGAGUCCAGCAAAAAGUCAGACUGCCAAGAAUUCAAAAUUUUGCAGACGACUUUCGAAGAAGAUAAUAAAGAACACGAUAAGUUAGAAAAACAGUUGGCCGAUUUGGUGGGGGAAAAUGAGGGUGAGGAUACAAAAAACUUCAAUGACGAUGAAAAAUCAGCCGCAGCAAGUGAAUAUUCUGAUGUGAUAGUCAUUCCAACCGAUGAUGAUGAUUCUAACGGUCAAAAAGAAAAACAAAACGUUGAAAAAUCCAAUGUAGAUGAAGAAGCAGAAAAAAUUAAAAAAGAUUUAGAAAACGAUGUAGGGACACUAGAAGGAACGAAAGAUUCGACGGAACAUGAGGAGGAAUUGACCGAAAUGGCAAUUAACAAUUCCCGUAUUGGCCAAAAAGGGGCUGUGCCUAUACCCCCGACCAUAUCUAUAGCUUAUACCGAUGAGGAAUCUUCUACCACAGACAUUAGUUUUGUUAAUCGCAAAGAUGAUAACUUAGGAAAUACUUCAAUUAAACAGAGAGAAACUGCCCAAGCCCGUAGAAGUUUAAUUGAACAAAAUCGCCAAGACCAACACAGUAAAACAGACGACGAAUCUACAACACAAUUUUCUUCAUCUUCAUCGUCCUCCGUUACUUUAGCGCGACCUCCAAUGCUACGAAAAUUACGUGAUCGUGAUCGCUCCGAAAGUCCUAUGAUCGAUGGUGAUGUUCAUCCGAUGAACAAUAACGCUAGCGCAUCGACUUUAGAAAACUUGAAUAACCAAAGACUUCGGAGGCGAUACUCAUCUACACCUGUUAACGACAGCGUACCAAAUUCACCGGCCUCAAGUGAUCGCGAGCGAGAAGAUUCCGAAUCACGCGUUUCGAAAAAGUCGUUAUUAAGUAUUUUUCACGCACUGCAAUACAGUAAAAAUGCAAAUAUUCUGCAGCGCUCCUUUAAUGAAGAUGUCCAAUUCAAUGAAAUUUGCUUGCGACCAUUAGAUAUGGUUUCUAUUAGAAAAUGCAUUGAAUCCGGUACCAUACGUAAUGUUACCGAAUUGCAACGCGAUAUUAUGCUAAUGUGUCAAAAUGGAUUGAUAUUAUUUAAGCAGGAUACCAGCGGGUUCAAUGCAGCUAAUGCUUUUAUGCUGGAAUGCCAAGCUAUACGUGAGUUUGUUGCAAAUACAAAUAUCACCGAUAACAAUAUACCAGUAAAAGAUAAUAAAGACGGAAGCAAAGUAUUAAAUAUAAGUGGAACAGGCUCAAAAUCUCGAAGUGGAUCUAGAAAAAGUCAACGCAUCUCCUAAUAAUAUUAUACUAAUGAACUAAAUAGCAACAAAUCAACACAUUUCUAUGAGCAUUAUUUCACACAAAUUUAUAUAAAAAAUUAUCAAUAAUUUAACAGAG